CUUUCUGAUAGGGUUAUGCCUACAAUGGUGGAGAUGUGGGGACACUGUUCAGUUGGGUUCUUCACAGGUCGGUUUCCUGGGCUUAAAGCUGUCCAUGAGCUAAAAGAAAAAUGGGGGGUAUAAUGCUUGGUUAGGUCCCAUGAUAAGGGGUGGAUUUUCUUUAAAUUUGAAAACGAAGCUGACAGAUUGAAAGUGCUAAAUGAGGGACCAUACUCGAUAUUUGGGAAAUUAUUGAUGUUGAAGAUGUUGUCGGAGGAUUUCUCAUUUGAGGAUGAGGAGUUCCUCAAAGUGCCGGUUUGGGUUAAAUUCCCAAAUCUACCAAUGAAUUUAUGGAAUGAAGGGGCUAUGAGUGAGGUAGCUUCUAUGAUUGGGGUUCCAUUAUCUACGGACAAGGUCACCCAAGAAAGAACCAACCACAAUUACGCUAGAGUACUCAUUGAAGUUGAUGUGUCAAAGCCACCCCCAUUGUCAUUUCCUAUACGAUUACCUUCACAUAAGGUAAUUAAACAAUGGGUGAGAUAUGAGACAUUUCUGAACUAUUGCUUUCACUGCAAAGAAUAUGGGCACCACCCAUUUAUUUGCAAAAAGCUGGCUGAAAAAGAGAGGAAAGAAAAGAAUAAUAAGGAAAAGAAUGAUACUGGUGUUGAUAAAAAGGAUGAACCGAAAAUGUUACAAGGUGAGGAAGUGGGUGUGAAGGAAAUGGAGGCUCAUGUGGAGAGCAUUGUUAUUGUGCCGGAGCCUACUGUUACGGUUGAGGAGAAGUUGAUUAUGCCGGAGUCUACCGUGCCAGAAGCGUCUGGAAGUGAGAGCUCAGGAUAUGGAUCGUAUGAGACGGACAAUGGAUCGGAGGAGGAGGACUUGGGCCAGACAGGUAACGCGGACUUCGAUGAAGUUUAUAUGAACAGUAAGGUUUUUAUGAUUAAGAAAGAUGCUAAUGUGAACAGAAAUAGAAUGAUAAGGAGAAUUUCAGGUUUAAGUUGGGAGGAAACAUUUGCUAAAAAGAAGAUUGCUCUUCCAGAUCUUUUUAAGGGUAGGACAAAUGAGAAGAAAAAUAAAAAAGGACGGACGGGAAGAAAAUAAUAUGUGAUCUGCAGGAGUUCAUACGCACAAGGGAGUACUUAUUUCACUGCAGUAUUUCGGGUCAAGGUGUUGAUUCUGAGCCAGGAUGCUAGGAUGCGUAUUUAAUUGGGAUGGAAAUAUGCUGUUCACGUUGAUCGCUGGGAUGAUUGUGGUUACUCCAAGUUGCCGCUAAUGCUUUCUUUCUAUGCUAGGAAGCCUAGGAUGCUUCGUCUGGAAGCAAUUUUUGCUGUUGUAAUUCGUCACUACAUAGUUUCUGAUUUCGCUGGGAUGCCGCUCUAUUAUUUAGUUAAUUAAUGAUUUCUGAUGUGGGGUUGUCCCAUUAUCUGAUUUACUUGAUGCAUUGUAAAGUGCUAUUUUUUGGGUGCUAUAUAUAUA